AUGUCAUGGGAGGAAGCUCUGGAUUACUGCAAAAGCAAUGCUUCUGGACUGCUGCACAUCGAGUCACAGAAUGAUCAGUUAGAUACAAAGCGAGAAUUACGAAGACAGAAGAUUUCUGGUCCGGUGUGGAUUGGGCUUAGACAAAGUCGACUUUUUGGUUUCUGGAUUUGGGCCGAUGGGAGUUUUGUGAAAUCCUGGACCAACUGGAAAGGAGGACGUCAACCAGAACAUCAGAUGUCCCAGUAUUGUGGUGCCAUGGAGAAGGUGAAUGGUGUGUUCAAGUGGUCUGAUAGAGACUGCAGAGCUAAAUUUAGAGUUUUAUGUGAAGGAACAUAA